ACCUGCCAUGUAUGGAGCGGACUUACUGUGAAUGAGUAUAACGCGACUGUUGGUUGUAUUGAACGUGUGGGCAUGUUCGACUCAAACUUACAUGUACACAGACAGACAAGAAUGGAUUUAUUUUACCGUUUUUCUGGCAUGCAGUUACUCAAGUAGAGCAUGCACGAUAGUGAGAAAGGAUUAACUUGUGUUUUGAAUACAGGUGGUGUCAUUACUUUAUAAAUCAGUUGACACAGACAAGUUGUAUGUAUGUCCGGAUGCGAAGGCUUACUUUUAUUUAUGUGGGUCAGUCUGUCCAGUGAAAGAUAAUAUGUAGGUACAUGUAAGAGACUGCACCUUAGUUAGUGAAGCCACUCCAGUGAUUUUAGUAGGCUUUACAAUCUUCCCACAGCCUCCUCCGGUAAAUUAAGUUCAACAAAAUUUUCACGGAAUAAAUGUUAUGGAAUUUACAUAGUGAAUUGGUUAUUAUUUAUCGAAAGGAUUAUAUCAGCAUACCUGAGGAAAGCGAUUCUUUCAUUAAGACCUCCUAUUGUUUACUUAUUUGAGGAAUAUCUUUGGGUUUUUUUAAGGCAAGAUUUUGUCUCAGGUAUACGUACUGUACCUAUGUAGGCCAUGGGGAGUAGUGCAUCAAUACAAAUAGUUAUGGUUGGGCUAGACACCACAGGUAAAACUACUAUCUUGUAUCGACUGAAAUUUGGACAGUAUAUGAAUGCCAUUCCUACUGUUGGCUUCAACUGUGAAAAAAUUGAAGGUAAAGUAGGGAAAGUGAAGGGUGUUUCAUUUACAAUAUGGGAUAUUGGUGGUAAAGACAAUAUGAGACCCUUGUGGAAAUCCUAUCUUAGAUCUGCAGAUGGAAUAAUAUUUGUUAUUGAUAGCAGUGAUAAAGAGAGAAUGGAGGAGGCUAAAAUUGAACUCAAUAAAUUUGUGAAAUCACAUAACACAUCUAAAUUACCGACAUUAGUGAUAGCCAAUAAGCAGGACUUACAGGAGGCUUUGGAUCCGGAGGAAAUCGAAAAAAUGUUGUCAAUUCAGGAAAUCAGCAUGUCACAUCCGUUACAUUUUCUUCCAGCAUGUGCGGUAACAGGUGAAGGACUAUCAGAAGCCAUGGACAUAAUGUAUGAAAUGAUAAAAAAGUGGAAAAAAAGUAAACAUGCGAAGAUUUCAAGGUGAUAUAAACUGUGAUCUCUAUAGGAUUUUAUAAUCGAUAUUCAUUAUCACAGACAUAUUACACAGCUGCAUUUAAGUAUUUUACAUGUGUGUGACUUCAAACUGUGUUCAGAAGAUUUGUCAUUGACAGUCUGCAUGUUGUUUCGUUUCUUCAUGAUCCUACAUGUUUUAUUUCAUCACUCAAUUUAUUCCAUAAUAUUAAUCACUCUAUGAAUCAUUCAAUUACAUUAUAUCAUUUAUUACCAUGCAACUCCGCACAAAAUAGCUUGGAACUUCAAAGAACUUACAAAUAAAAAUAAUGUUAAGUGAGAUUGUUAAUGAUUUUUGGCUUUUAAUUAAAAGUAUCAUUUUAAUUCUUUUAAAUUCUGGGUCAUAAAGAUGUAGACUACUUGCUGGUUCUCUGAUUAAUUACAAGCUGGCAAGUGAUGAAUAAUUUUGAAUGAUUCUUUACCUUUACUGCUUUCUUAAUUACAUAUGUAUUUCAAAAUUAUAUUAAAUUGUAUUGGUAUUAUUAUAUCUACCAUACCUUCAUGUACCGUACAUGUUUUUGUAGGUUUGAGUGAAGAAAAAAACAAAUCCAGAUUUAUUUUAAAUUUAUCCACUGUUAAUUUAUUACGGUCAAGUAAAAUUCUCACAUUAUCACUAUCUCAAAAUACAUCACAUAUAACUUACAUUUAAAUUGUAUGUACAUUUACAUGUACAUAUGUACCUGUAUGUUAUUGUGGGUGUGUGUUUACAUGUAAGUGAAGCAAAACCAAAUCCAUAUUUAUUUUAACUUUAUCCACUGUUUGAUUUAUUUCAGCCAAGUACAUUUAAAAAAUUAACACUUUUCUAAAACACAAGUUAUUGAAUCUAUCGGUAGCAUACUGUACAUGUGUACACUGUACAUGUACAUUGUACCUUGAAUAAGGGAAUUUCUUCGCUUUACAUUUGGGUAUUUAUUUUCGAAGUGAAAUUGAUAUGUUGCACUAUAAUUACACAGGAGCAUCUGCUGAAACUUACUAAGUCUACUAGAAAUAGACAUGUGUUUAGGUCUACUAGUAAGAUGUACCUGUACAAUGUACAUGUAUAUGAAAGUGUGGAUAAUGUGGAUGUGUGGUACAUGUAUCAUCAAUAAAACCAAUUAACUUACUUUUUUUGGUUUAGCUUUAGGAUAUUGAUAUAAAUCAAUAUUUAAUCACUUCUUACACCUACGCCAGAUAAUAAACUGCAUAAAUAUAUCAAUCUCUACCUCAUGUUUUAGUAUUAUUAUUACAUGUAUUACAUAGAUCUGCUAAAUCUUUUAUUGGUCAUAUAUUUCCUACAGAUCAGUACAUGAUGUACACUUAUUUAAUACAGAUUUACUAGUAAUUUUUAAGGCAAGCUAUCUAUUUAUUUACAAUAAUCAUUGGUCAAUUUCUGUACAGCUUUUAUUGCAGAAUAUCCCAUAUUACAUGUACAAUAAAGGUCAUUCAUUACCUACACAUGUACUCUCUGUAAUGCAUCUGAUACAAUUUCUCUUAUUUUGGGGGGUGGGGGGCUACAUGCACCUUAAAAAAAAUGGACAUGUAGCCAAUACUACAUGUAUUAAAAUACUAAAACAAAUACAUUGAUACAUUUGGUAUCAUAAUUGGUACCUUUUAAAGAUGCAUUAUGUACGAGCUAAAUCUGCUUACGUUGUAUUGCAGGUAUUUAUUCGUCUUCAAUUGGUUUAUAAUAUUAUUAAAUAGGCAUUUAUUCACAUGCAUGUACCAAGCCCAUAAUCAACUCGCUGGACUUCAGAUCGAGGUGAUUUUGAAUGGAUUAAAACACAAUCAUCUUUUAAUAAUUUACAUGUAUUGUAACAAUGGAACUUUUUUUAUUAUUGUACAUGUAGCAAUGCAACUUGACAAUCAAGACUAUAUUUUAAAGCCUUCAAACACUCCUAACGUCGCUCGAAAUAAAGUAAUUUGAAUGAAAUUUUCAAUAUAUUCAUUUUAAAUUAUCUAAUUUUGUUUAACUACAUGUAUUAUAGCAAGAACAGUCAGCUCUAUCUAAUUCUUACAAAAUGCAUCUUUAAGAGUGAAUAUUGGUAGUUAACAAUAGUGGAACAAUUUUUGUUAAUGUACAUUGUACAAGUAUUGUUAACAAUAGUGGCAUAUUCCAGGUACAUGUACAGUAAGUUGAUCAAUAGCCUUGGUACAUGUACAAAAUGUUAUAUUCUAAGAGGUAGCAAAACCAUAAUGUGCAAUCAGCUACAAAUUUCAUCUAAUUCAUCAAUCAGGUUUUCUGUAGUAAAUCCAAUUUAUGUAUUUAUCUUAUAUCUGUUAUCAUAUGGUCAAAAUGAUUAUACCUUCAUUAGCCUGGUUGGUGCAGAAAAGUAGGACCCCAUUUCAUUCAUCAGAGUAUUUUUAAGUUUCUUGGGGUGUUAAUAUAUACAUGUACAUAUUCUUCAGAUAUUCAUAAAGUGUAUAGUCGUUUAAAACAGUGUGAUCAAAUGUAGGUUUACUGUUUGAUUCAUUGUAUUAUUAGCACCCCCCCCCCCCCACACACACACACACUAUUUGCAUUAUAAUGUAAUGGAGGCUUUGUACUUGAAAACAUAAAUAAUUUAUGUAUUAAACUACUUGUAUUACAGUUAAUAACAAAUUCAGUACUGUUUAAUUAAGGUAGCAUACUAUAUUGUACAUCAUACUAUUAUUUUUUGUAUAUCAUGUAUCAUAUUAUGUAUUCAUUUGUGUAUAGUUAUUUAUUCAUUCAUAUCAUCUGUGUAUAAUUCAUGGUUGUGUUCAUUUGUGAUGAAAGAAAAAAAUGUUCAUAAUAAUAUUUUAAUGUGCAUGUUGGAUUUUUUAUGGUACAUGCAUGCCACAUGCUGAUGUACAUGGAUAUUAAACACGUGUAAAAGAUAAUUUACAAUAUUUUCAUAUCUGGUAUUCUCUGUACAAUGAAUAGUAUAAUUAACAGUAUAAGAGUAAAAUGUGCACAAUUUCUGCUGACGUUUUGAUACUCAGUGCUUUAUUUAAUACAUUUUAAAGGUUGUGAGUUUUUUUAGACUGCUUUAUUAAUAGACUGCUGUGACCGAAUAGUCUUCCACUGCUGUUGGCAGUAUCUAACAAUAUGUUUAUAUUUGAAUAACAUUACACCAUACUUUUUGAAUUUUACAUGCGAGGAGCUUGAUUGGAAAACGAGGUAGAUGUCGUCCUGACCUUUUAUUUUUCAAAACCAUCUGUUUGACUUACACUAAGGAUAGCAAAUGGACUAUUUAC